AUGACACUUAAAAUGUGUCACUUUUGGAAGGAACCAAGAAAUGAACUCGUGCCAGAGAAGAAGAUUCAAGGAAUCGGUAAAAAAUAUCCUGCCACAUUGAGCAAUAAAGUAGAUAGCGACCGUAACGAGCCAGACCUUUCAGAAGUGGUAUACGAUUUGAUGGAAGCAUCGGUGUCAUCGAUGACGGAUGAUAAUAAUCUUUACAUGGAUGACGGUGUCGAUGGAUUUCCGGCAUUUGGCUUUCGACCCGGAUCCGAAGUGAAGCAACCCUACAGGCUAUACCUCCCGGAAAAGUUGCCAGCCGAGUUCACCCUGGUGGCCACGUUCAAGCCGACCUCUUUUAGAACGAGCUACCUCUUCGCCGUUCUUAAUCCCUUCGAAACCGUUGUCCAAUUGGGCAUUAGAAUUUCGGAUGGACCAGGCUCGAACCAGAAUGUCUCGCUGGUUUACACGAAUUCAGACGAGCAUUCGCAUUCGGAGGAGGUAGCGAAAUUUACCGUGCCAAAGCUUACGAAGAAAUGGUCGAAGAUCGUCAUUAAGGUUUCCACGAGCGACGUCAUCUUAUACCUCAAUUGCCACGAGAUGGCCCGGCAGAAAGUUACCAGGAUCCCUCAAGAAUUAGUAUUCGAUACCGCCAGCACUCUAUACAUCGCACAAGCCGGACCGCACAUCCAGGAACGAUAUGACCAGCAACGUUACGAACAGCGGCGCGCGGUAGCGAUGGGGUGGAGAGAAAAAUUAGUACGUUGCUUCGCGGGAGGCGAAUUCCGCGAUAAGAAUGCCCCGAGGAUCUUCGCCGAGGUGAAACGUCCGUGCUGUUCCCAUCCCCGUAAGGAGGGAUAUCCUCCGUGA